UUGUGCGAUAUUAUAGUGCGUACACGUGUGUUGUUUCACGAACUGUUUAAACGCGUUUUCCAGCCACGUUCUGCAAGUGCCGGGUAGGCGGCGAAAUUCCUUCAAAAUGGAACUCAAGUACCAUGGAAUGGGAUUGUUGUAAUUAGUUAAGGGAAUGUAUUGUUGAGCGAAUUGACCGUAUCGUUUAUUCGGUGGUGAUGGAAAGAAUCAUGCUGUGGAAUGUCACUAAUUUUAGAGUCCGUUUCGUUAUCUGAGCCGUUGCAUCAGCAUUGGUAUGAAAUUAACAGUGACAUCAUAGUGAGCAUGAUUCCACUAAAUCGGUGGUACAAUAAGACGCCAAUGACUUGCAAGAUUGCAUUAGGAAUCCGUGCACAUGAUAACGAUCUGCAUGUUCCAGAACAGCCUGAAACGAUCGGACGCUUCCUCUUUCCUAUCUUCAAGUGCAUUAAUGUAUUCCAUCUUAGAUACGCUGGUGACGUAAGGUUGUGUAAAUCAAAUCCAGUCUAGGUUCUACAUUGCAAUGAAGAAAUGCUCAAGUCUCCUCAAGCAAAAAGGCUUACAAAACAUCUUACAAUCAACAAUUUGGUCACAGGCAUACUAUGAUCGAUAGUUUAAAAAAAAGGAAGUAACAAGCUUUGUAAGCACAAACACAAUUUGCUACACCGCCUGCCAAUACUGAUUAAUUGGCAAUCCAACAAAUAUCGGUGUCGUGUGCUCCAGGGAAGCAAAACUGCACUCUAUGUUCAGUGCCAACCUAGAGCCGUGUGAAAACGCAUCAACCCCAACCCUAGCUACACCUAACCAGCGUAAAACAAGCAUAUCUGAAUCGUCAUCGUUCGCUCGCAUUGGUUCACUCCGCUGAUUGCUUUCAGCCAUCGUCAUCAUCGUCAUCAUCAUCGUUGGUCGAGGGAAACGCGACAGAUAGCAGCGGCUACCCCGCGAGGUUAACAGCUCUAGCAGCGAGAAGAAACCGCGCUAGUAUUUAGUAAACCGUCGUCCCGGUCGGAAGCGUGGUCACGAACGCGUACGAUUGCAAAGGAACGCAGCGAAAGACAAACAUCCGACACAGCUGGCACCGUUUCGGUUAUCUGUCCGAUUUGUGCUACGUUCCCGAAGGAACGCGACUCCCAAUCCUAGAGUGCGUAGAGUAUUUUCGGUUGUUUUUUUUCUGGUUGUUGUAGUUGGUUGGAUUUCUUUCGUAAAAUUACGCCAUCGUGAAGAUGCGAGGAGUGUCGUAGGAAACAAAAAUAAAACCCCAAAACAAAACACAGUAUCAGUUGUGCAAUGUAGUGAAAUCGAGAGACGGUUGAAACAUGGUGUUACCCGGACCGUUUUGGAGUGAUUUUCAGACGCGCUCUUGUCCUUUUUUUUUCGUUAGUGUUCCCGAUAAGUACGAUGAGACGCUGAGACAGUAAAACGCAUCUACAUUUCCAUUCCCGAAUCGUAGCAUACUAUCCAAAGGUUACGAUGGUAACAGCCGGUAUAUGGAAAGUGAAAACAAAUCCGAUUCACCAUCUACCGUAGCUGUGCCGAAUGGUGGUGAAGAAUGCGAAGGGUGCUAAAUGUCCUUCCAGUCCCGGCUAGCUAGUUUAUUGAUCGUGACCUUCGCGUACAGUGCCACUGCUGCUCGUUCGUUCCACAAUCCACAGGUUGUAAUGGAGAGACGCGGGCGCGCGAUUUCACUUGCGGAGAACAUUGCGGGCAGAAAUGCUUUUGGAGUUCGUCUGUGUUGCGUAACACGGUCUGAUGUGCAGGGAAAGCAACCCUUUAUAUGCUCCAUUACCAUUAUAAUCGCACUUCACUUAUCUCUUCGCUUAAGCAGCGUGUAUGGAUUUGAUUUGUAUCAUGCUAAUCCCAGCAGAGUGAAAGUGUGUUGUUGGUUUUGUUUUCUGUUGUUCGCCCUUACCGAUUUAUCCUCACGAACGUGUUUAAGUGGCGCUAAGCGUUGUCGCAUCAUCAUCAUGUGUUCCCGCUUCACUAGCUUAGAAGCGGUGUGACGCGGUUUAGGCAGAAUGCCAAGCAAUUCAUCUCUAUCUUUGGACCGAGUAAACGGUCGAAGAGCAGUUGAAAAAUGUGUCUCGUCACGAUUUGCCCCCCCCGCUUUGCAUCGUAACCACCCGGCGCGCGAACCGGUCGGCAUGUUUCGGUACGUGCGUUGCGCUAGACAACUUCCAUUUGAACUUCGACGCCACAGGCUGAAGCGCGGGUCGUUUAGCAUACGUUCAAUCUUGAUGGGAUGCUUCUCGCCAUUCCGGCCGCUGUGAAUUGUUCUGUCCUUCACUAGCUCAUUAUUUGUACAGCAAACAGGGCAGACAGUUGUCGACACUAUCGAAAAGAAAAUACGACAUCGAAGCGAAAGCUAACAGAUAGGCGAUCUUUACAAAAUCCAAAAAUCGUUCCCGUGAUUUCGUGUUCGGUUCAACUCACUGCCAACCGUCGUGUCGGUAUAAAUCAAUAGGCUCGAACCCGCCGUAACCGGAGAAUAAGGAUGGGUUUGCUAAGCGAAGGAAGUCCUCUGACGUGGGAUGAAACCAAGGCGCUGGCGCAACACGUUCGCGAACAUGGAAUCGAGCAGUUUAUCAAUCUGUUCGCGCGCCUAAAAGACCGUCAAGGCGAUGUCUUGAAAUGGGGCGACGAGGUGGAGUACAUAAUCGUCCGCUUCGAUGAUAAGCAGCGCGCGGUGCAGGUAUCGUUGCGUGCGCAAGAAAUUCUGGCUAAACUCAACGAAAAGGAAGCGGCCGAUCCGCAAGGAGUAAAAUCUCUCUGGCGGCCGGAGUACGGGGCGUACAUGAUCGAGGGUACGCCCGGUAAACCGUACGGAGGUUUGCUGGCGCAUUUCAACGUCGUCGAAGCGAAUAUGCGCUACCGGCGCAUGGAGGUGGCUGCUUUGCUGCCGGAAAAUGAAGUAGUAAUGUCGAUAACGAGCUUCCCACGGUUGGGAUGUCCGGCAUUCACGUACCCGUUUGCCGUGCCCACGCCCGAGGAUGAAUCGUGUGCGGCACGAUCGAACUUUUUCCCGGACGAAGCGAUCUUUCCGGGCCAUCCGCGUUUCAAGACGCUCACACGCAAUAUACGUCAACGGCGCGGCGAGAAAGUGUCCAUCAACUUACCAAUCUAUCCCGAUCGGGACACGAAGGUGCCGGUCGACGGAAGCAUACCGUCCCAUCCGAACUACGUGCAUAUGGAUGCGAUGGGUUUCGGGAUGGGUUGUUGCUGUCUGCAGCUUACGUUCCAGGCGUGUAACAUCAGCGAAGCCCGCACGCUGUACGAUCAGCUGACACCGAUGUGUCCCAUUAUGCUGGCACUCACCGCAGCAAGCCCGGCCUAUCGAGGGCACCUCACCGAUGUGGAUUGCCGCUGGAACGUGAUUUCGGCAUCGGUCGACUGUCGUACGCGCGAGGAACGCGGUGAGCUGCCGCUAAAGAAUGAUCGGUUCCGCAUUUAUAAAUCACGCUACGAUUCGAUCGAUUCCUACCUAUCGCCGGCUGGAGAUAAGUACAACGAUGUGCCUUUGGUGCUGGAUGAAACGCUUUACAAGCGACUCCGCGAGGGCGAUAUUGAUCAUCUGUUGGCGCAACACAUCGCCCAUCUGUUCAUACGCGACUCGGUUUCGCUGUUCAGCGAAAAGGUUCACCAGAACGAUCGCGAGGACACGGAUCACUUUGAAAACAUUCAGUCGACCAACUGGCAAACGAUGCGGUUCAAGCCACCGCCCCCUAACUCACCGAUCGGUUGGCGUGUUGAGUUCCGCCCGUGUGAGGCACAGCUGACCGACUUUGAGAAUGCGGCCAUCGUGUGCUUCGUUGUGCUGUUGACGCGCGUCAUUCUCUCGUAUCAGCUCGAUUUCCUUAUCCCGAUCAGCAAGGUGGAUGAAAACAUGCAAAACUCGCAGAAACGUGGCGCGGUGCUGACGGAGCGGUUUUGGUUCAAGAAAAACAUUACCGCCAUUCCGCCGGGUACUGCGGACCGUCAAGCAGCGGGGGAGGCAGAUGCAGAGACGCAGACGAAUGUGCAGGAACAGCAACAAAAUGGUACGACCGAUCAACAGACCGGUUCGACCACGGACGAGUACGAACUGAUGACGAUCGAUCAGAUUAUCAAUGGGAAGGGAACAUUCCCGGGGCUGGUGCCGCUGAUUAACAGCUAUCUCGGUUCGAUGGAUGUGGACGCCGACACGCACUGUACGAUUCAGCAAUACCUGAGGCUGAUACAGAAACGGGCGUCCGGUGAGCUGAUUACGACUGCUGCCUGGAUACGGCAGCAAGUAGUGUCACAUCCCGAAUAUAAAAAUGAUUCCGUCAUUAGCGAGGGCAACUGUUACGAUUUGCUGCGAAAGGCGAAAGACAUCCAGGACGGUGUGCUGGCAUGCCCGGAACUGCUUGGCAAUAAUAUUAACUCCAAAACGACGGACAACAUUCCGGCUGCCAUUGAGAAGCAUCUCACCAAGCGAUGUUAAUAGUUGGUUCGAUUUUUGCCGCGAUUCGUACGGCUAUUCUACUUACACUACCUUACUUAAAAAGUCGCCUAAAGAUCAACAUGAUGGAAGCGGUGAUUUCGUGCCAGAUCGAGGGGGAAUGGAUGCUGUUGAUUUCUGGCGUCAAACCGAAUGCGGGUACUUCAAUGUUCAAUGUUAGAAGUUUGGAACGCAUCUGCUUGGAUGCAAAGGUUGCCACAAAAAAAAGGCAGACAAAGAAUGGAAUUCUACACAUCCCGUGCAAUGCAUUUCUUGCCGAUUUGGGAAAGCCCUGCAAGGGCAGGGGUCGCCCAAAAAUUUGUCGACCCAUCGCAUCGGUCGUAUAUGCUAUGGGGAAAGGCAGUGGCGUUUACAAUAUUGUUCUAUUAUUAUCUUAAUGACUUCACGACUUGUUCAACUGUGCUUAUUCGCGUGUUCGCUUCCGAGUGACAAAACGAUCCCUUAAAGGAGAAAGUUGAUGUUCUAUGUAUGACACACAAGCAGCGCGUACGUACGUUUUUUUUUUGUUUGUUUUGCAAUAGGUUAUGGUUUGUUUUGUUAAGUUUACGUUGCAAAUGAUAUUUUAUAAAUUGUAUAGAGAGAGAGAGAGAGAGAGAGUGAGAGCACAGUUUGCACGGGUUAAAAGCGUAAUCAUCCCUUCAGUCAUUUAUGCUCCGAAUCGAUGAAUGAAUAAGAUACUUUUUUGCAACCUUUUUUAUUUCCAAUCCAAAGACACACGAGCCUCUUUUCACGUAUUCUUCAUCAUUUCACAGCGGACACCGAAGGGUGCGGAAAAAGUGGAAACCGAUAAGCAAACUCUAGACACUCAGAUAUACACAAAGCGACCUGAAAAGAAUCGUACGUUGAGGAUGAGGGCAGUGGAAGUUUAGUAAUUACAAGGAAGAAUCCACGUUCAAGCAAUCGCACACAUACACAAAAUGUACAUCGAUCACUAUGUCCGAAAAACAUCCGGCAUUCCCUCAUAACUUGCGUGCCAGGGGGGAACGGAUUCGGUGUGGUUGACUGAAAUUUUCCAGGGCAACACAGGAAAAGCACGAAGAACAAAUUGUUAUACAGAAAUAUAUAUAUAUACAUAUAGAUUUAUAUUAGUAGAUCUCUAA